UGACAUAUCACUGAUGAACGUAUGAACUGCGGCCAACUUAAAGUCAUGUCCACGUUCAUUGAAUUCUGUCACUGAAAUUUUCGGGAGUCGAUUUUCUCAUUAAUUUGUGCUAUUAUCCCGUAAAAUACGUUUCGCGGCCGGCAAAUAAGUCACUAACAUGCCACUCCGAUUGGACAUCAAACGCCGGCUCACGUCGCGCUCGGAUCGAGUGAAAUGCGUCGAUUUACAUCCGAGCGAGCCAUGGAUGCUGUGCGCCCUUUACAAUGGCCAUGUCCACGUCAUGAAUUACGAAAACCAGCAAUUGGUGAAGGAUUUCGAGGUGUGCGAUGUUCCGGUGCGGUCUGCGAGGUUCGUAGCGAGGAAGAAUUGGGUAAUCACGGGCUCCGAUGAUAUGCAGAUUCGCGUCUUCAAUUACAACACAUUGGAAAAGGUCCACUCGUUCGAAGCACACACUGACUACGUCCGGUGCAUUGCGAUCCACCCCACCCAGCCCCUGAUUCUGACCAGUAGCGAUGACAUGCUUAUCAAAUUGUGGAAUUGGGAGAAGAUGUGGUCGUGCCAGCGCGUCUUCGAGGGCCACACGCACUACGUCAUGCAAAUCGUCUUCAAUCCUAAAGACAACAACACAUUCGCGUCCGCUUCCCUCGAUCGGACCGUGAAAGUAUGGCAGCUCGGCUCCAACUUUGCUAACUUCACACUCGAGGGACACGAGAAGGGCGUGAACUGCGUCGACUAUUACCAUGGAGGCGACAAACCUUACUUGAUUUCGGGAGCGGAUGAUCGCCUGGUUAAAAUCUGGGACUACCAAAACAAAACGUGCGUUCAAACGCUCGAGGGACAUGCACAGAACAUCUCGGCUGUGUCGUUCCAUCCUGAAUUGCCCAUUGUGCUGACGGGAUCAGAGGACGGGACUGUCCGGAUUUGGCAUUCGGGAACAUACCGACUGGAGACUUCGCUGAACUAUGGGUUCGAGCGAGUCUGGACGAUCGCCUGCAUGCGUGGAACGAAUAACGUGGCAUUGGGAUACGACGAAGGUUCGAUCAUUAUCAAGGUAGGACGGGAGGAACCAGCAAUGUCAAUGGACGUGAACGGCGGAAAGAUUAUUUGGGCCAAGCACUCCGAAAUGCAACAAGUCAACUUGAAGGCUCUGCCGGAAGGAACCGAAGUGAAAGACGGCGAACGCCUCCCGGUUGCGGUGAAAGACAUGGGAGCAUGCGAAAUCUACCCACAAACGAUUGCCCACAAUCCGAACGGCCGUUUUGUCGUCGUAUGCGGGGACGGAGAGUACAUCAUCUACACAUCCAUGGCGCUCCGGAACAAGGCUUUCGGCUCGGCACAGGAAUUCGUCUGGGCGAUGGAGAGCAGCGAGUACGCCAUCCGCGAAAGCAGUGGCGCCGUUAAGUUAUUCCGGAAUUUCAAAGAGCGAAAGAGCUUCACCCCCGAGUACGGGGCCGAGAACAUCUAUGGCGGCUACAUGCUGGGCGUCCGAACCUCUUCCGGACUCGCUUUCUAUGACUGGGAAUCACUGGAGCUAGUGCGGCGGAUCGAAGUGCAACCAAGGCACGUGUUCUGGAACGAGGCGGGUACGUUGGUGUGUCUGGCGGCGGAGGAUUCGUAUUUCAUACUAAAGGUCGACACGGGAGUAAUAACGAGUGCAUUAGAGACGAAGCAAGGGCUGGGCGACGAUGGGAUCGAGGAUGCGUUCGAUGUUCUAGGAGAGGUUUCGGAGCAAGUAAAGACUGGCUUGUGGGUGGGAGACUGCUUCAUCUACACCAAUUCAGUGAACAGAAUAAACUACUACGUGGGCGGUGAGAUUGUCACAGUUUCACAUUUAGACAGAACGAUGUACUUACUGGGAUAUGUACCAAAGGACAACAGGUUAUAUCUCGGUGACAAGGAGCUCAACGUCACCAGCUUCUCACUACAACUCUCCGUGCUUGAGUACCAAACGGCCGUCAUGCGCCGCGACUUCGAAACAGCCGACCGUGUGCUCCCAACGAUUCCCAAAGAGCAUCGCACCCGAGUGGCUCACUUCCUCGAGAAGCAAGGCUUCAAGCCACAAGCCCUCCAAGUCUCCACCGACCCUGAUCACCGAUUCGAUCUGGCUCUGCAAAUCGGCGACUUGGCAAUCGCCCUGAAACUAGCACGCGAGGCAGACAACCCACAGAAAUGGUCACAGUUGGCGGACGCCGCAACAAGUCGGAACCAAUUUGAUUUAGUCAAUGAGUGCCUUCAGAAAGCCAACGACUUUGGAGGACUCUUGUUGCUGGCAACAAGUUCCGGCGAUGCGGACAUGCUCAAAAACUUAAGCGAGUCGGGCGUGAAGCAGGGUCGACACAAUAUUGCAUUCCUUUCGACAUUCUUAUUAGGCGACUUGGAAGGAUGCCUGGACAUUUUGAUACAAACGAAUCGGUUACCGGAAGCUGCCUUCUUUGCCCGGACCUACUUGCCUAGUAAGAUUACACAAGUCGUAGAAUUAUGGAAAGCAGAGCUUUCCAAGUUCAACGAGAAAGCUGGCCAGUCGUUGGCCGAUCCCGACAAGUAUGAGAAUCUUUUCCGCGGCAUUCGCGAGGCUGAGAAAGCUGAAGCGUUUCUGCAAAAGGAACGACAAGAACUCAUUCCUGCACAACAUUCUCAGAACGUGCCACUGAAUAUUAACCGAGAUCCGUUGGCUGAAGUGCGAGCAGCCGAGGAAAAUGGAGCCUUCGACUAUGAUCCCCAUACGAAAUCAAAUUCAGUCGACGACCCCGAAAAAGUGGAACGGAAGACAUCGUUACCGAAGCCUCCUCCGCCCGGCGAUCACAAAAAGAACGAUGACGACCUGUCCGAUGAAUUUGAGCUAGAAAUCGAUGAGAAUAUAGACACAACCGACAUAAACAUAGACGAUGAACUGCUGAGCGACUAGGACCCAGCGAACUCAUCCCAUCUUCUUGUAAACACUAUAUAUAAUAAAUUGCAACUAUUCAUAAUAUUUUGUGCAUUGUAAUUCGGCAACAGAACUACUACUAAGUCUUAGACCGGUUUUCGAGAACACCCGAGGUUCAAUCAUUCGCUGAGUUGCUGCCGCAACACGUCUGUGUGCGGCUACGCAUCUACAAGGAUCAUUCAAAUAAUAAGAGACCGAGAAACCAGAACUGUUAAAUGAAGUGUAUUUAUAACGAAACAAAUCUCUUUGGAUUUUGUCUACUUUCCGUCUCCCCGAUCAUGAUUUUUGUUUUGUUAGUAUUCGUUCGUUUAUUCGUUUUCUAUAUAUCAUAGUGUAAUGUUCGGCACGUUGUGUUAGUUUGUGAGGUGAUUGUAAGGCCAUGGAAGAACUCUGCAAGAGGAACACCGAAGGAGCGAGGAAGCGGGUGACCGUGAAACUUUUAAUAUAUAUUGUUGAAAACUAUUAAUGAUAAAGCUGAUGAUAAAUGGAGGAUCAUUUGAGAUAUUUUUUAAAUAUAAUAAAGAGUACAUUUAGAGAAUUCGA